GAGGAGCUGUGAAACUUGGCUGCGGUCAGUCAAUUCCUGCUAUCUUCUAACACUCAACCCUCAUCUUCAACCAGGUCAAAAGUACUAAAAUAAAUAAUCUAGACAGUUAGUGGAAAACGUAGGAUUAGUCUUUUGGGAAUCGUAGACCUGGGACCAAUUUGUGCGCAUCAAAAUGGGAAGCUGGAAGAAUCACGUGCGCGCUCAACUGCAACACAGAGACCAAACUGAGAAAGUCCCGUUCGCUGGAGUCUUUAACAGCUUGUCUCAGUUGGAGGAACGGUUUGAAAUUCGCAAACAAAUUUUAGAGGAGACCCAGUCUAAGAGUGUAGAACGAGGUGGAAUUGAAGCUGGGAAAAACACAAGCCUCCUUCAUUUGCAGCUAAGAGAAAGUGAACACCUGGCAGAAAAGCUGUCUCAGACUGUCUCCGACUUGACCACUGUCCUGUAUUUGAAAGAGGCUGAACUGCAGCACUGGCAUUCACGCGUGAGCCAUCACCGCCAAGAGGCACUUACUCUGGCUAAAAGGAGUAAAACCCUGAAGGUGAGCCUUUACGAAUAUGAGUUCACCAUAGAGUGUCAAUCCAAAGAGCUGGCAGCACUGCAUGUGGAGCAGAGAGGACUAAAAGAAGCAUUGGCAGAGGCUCAGAAAGCGAAAGAAGAACUCUUGCAGCGAUGGAUGGAGGAGAAGAGGGUGGAGGCAGACAGGUUGAACAAGUAUAAUGACAUACAGGAAAGGUGGCAGCGUUUGGCUAAACAGCUGAAGAAGCACCUCCACAGAGAGAUGGUAAAAGGUUAUGAUCCCAUAGAGACCAGUGCUUGGAGUGGAGCAACAGAAUUGUCCCCAUCAGUCAUUCAGAAGAUCAAUAAUACAACAGAUAUCCACCAGGGACAUGCAGAAUACAAUCAUGUACCAGCAGUGGCAGAAAUCUAGUAAUCCC